UCUUUGUUAAUAUUGAAUGUCCUGCUAAUGCUGAGAUAUUCUAUACAGCGAUAUCAUCAACCAGCUUUCAUAUAACAGUUGUACCUACUAUUAAUGAAGAGAUGCUAGAUGAUGCACAAGAGCCCGUACUGGUAUUCAUUAAUGGACGGAGUGGAGGCAAUCAAGGGAUUGAACUUAUUAAUGGAUUCUCACGUCACCUUAAUCCACUUCAGGUCUAUGAUCUAUCAGCAGGAGGACCAUUACCAGGAUUGUAUUCAUUUCGUAAUGUGUCCAAGUAUCGUGUGUUGGUUGGAGGUGGGGAUGGUACAGUUGGUUGGGUAUUGAGUGGACUGGACUUCAUGAAAGACCAUUUAAAGUGUCCCGUACCACCUUGUGCUGUUCUACCAUUAGGAACUGGUAAUGAUUUGGCACGUGCUCUUAAAUGGGGAGGAGGGUACACAGGAGAGAAAGUAAUGCAACUAUUGUAUGCUAUUGAAGAUGCUGAUCGCCAACCAUUUGACAGAUGGAAUGUGAAGUUUAAAGAUAUUCAGCAGACUGAAGGAGCUGAUGAAUGUAAAACUGUUACUAUGAACAAUUACCUUGGUAUUGGUCUUGAUGCUCAAAUAGCACUGGACUUUCAUCAAGCAAGAGAAGAUCACCCAGAGAAGUUCAACAGCAGACUCCAUAAUAAAGGAGUGUACUUACAAUUGGGAGUACAGAAAACAUUCUCAAGAGACUCAAGUGCUGAAUUGCAUCAAGUUGUUACAUUAAAGGUUGAUGAUAAAUUUGUGAAACUACCCACUGGACUGAAAGGAAUAGUACUACUGAAUAUUGAAAGUUGGGGAGCAGGCUCUGAACCAUGGGGUAGUCAAAUUGAAGAAGGUUUUGAGAAGAACACCUAUAGUGACGGCAUGUUAGAAGUAAUGGGACUAUCAGGACCAAUGCAUUUGGGCCGGAUAAAAGGAUCACUUCAAAAUGGUAUCCGUAUAGCACAAGGAACCAAUAUUAUGAUUACAUUGACAAAUAACCUACCAGUACAAGUUGAUGGUGAAGCAUGGCAGCAGACUCCAUGCACGAUGGAGAUCACGUUACUUCCUACUCAAGCCCUACUGCUCAGCAAAUCCACUAAGCCUCACUAUCAAAAAGGAUUGACUAACCGUCAGGCUAGGAGCCUUAUUGACAAGAGCUCUGAGACUGCUGCCUUGAUUGAUGAUACUAAUUUCAGCUCAAGAAGAACAAGACAGGAACUAAAGAAAGGAUCAUCAGCAAGUGCUUUAUUCAAGUAGCUGUCUGUGUUGCUUUAAACUCCACUACUCCAGCCAUACUAAUCCUUUAAUUUUAAUACUUUUCUCUUCUCUUUUUCCUUUUUUUUUAAAGUUUGACAGUUGUUUAUCCACAGUGCUUGUCUUAUUUUUGCUUUAGUUUUAAAGGAUAUUUUAGCUUAUCUGUUACUAUUAUUUUAAACAAGAAUCAAAUGCAUACAAGAUUAUUAUUAUUAUUUUUCAGUUCUUUUCUCUUGUGAGCUUGUUUAUGCUUUGUGCUAGUGAGCAAUCCCAGCAAUGUUAUUAUAUUUUUGUCAAAACAUUAUCGUUAAUGUUUAUUUAAACAUUUCUUCAAACUA